GAAAAUACCAUUAUAAUGUGGACAUUUAUGUUAGGCUUGUAGUGUUGCCGGGUUGUAAACAUGUCUACCAGCAGGAGCAAGAGAGAGGCUGAAAAUGGUCGCUGUAUCAUCAACGUGGUGCAGCUGGAAGGCCUGGCAUUGAUGAAGAUCAUCAAGCAUUGCCAUGAAGAAGGUGCAGGCAACACAGAAGUGGCUCAAGGUGUGCUGCUGGGCCUGGUGGUUGAUGAGAGACUGGAGAUCACCAACUGCUUCCCAUUCCCCCGCCAUGCUGACGAUGUCGAUGAAGAGGAUUAUCAGCUUGAGAUGAUGCGUCAUCUGCGGAAGGUUAAUGUAGAUCACCUGAGUGUUGGUUGGUACCAGAGUACACAACUGGGCAACUUCAUCACCACACAGCUGCUUGAUUCACAAUUUUCAUACCAAACCAGCAUUGAGGAGUCUGUCGUCUUAAUUUAUGAUCCAAUCAAAACGGCAAGAGGAUUUUUGUCCAUCAAAGCCUACCGUCUCACUCCAGAAGCCAUUAAUACAGUUCAAGAGCGUGACUAUACUCCUGAGGCCCUCAAAAAGAUGCGUUUGGGUUAUGAAACCUUGUUUCAAGAAAUCCGUUUAGUCGUCAAGAACUCUCACUUGGUCAAUACACUUUUAUGUGAAUUAUAUGAGAUGAUGCCUAGCAGUGAAGGUAAACAGUUCCUGGAUCUGGGAACCAUGUCAACCUUAGAUCGUCAGUUGAGGUGUCUCAUGGAGUAUGUAGAUGACUUAAGCCAAGAAGCUAACAAGUUUAAUAAUUAUCAGCGCCAGAAUGCCAAACAGUUACAAGACAAACACAAGUUCAUGCAGAAAAGGGCUGCUGAAAAUGCUCAGCGACAAUCUCGUGGUGAGCCACCUUUACCCGAUGAAGAUGUCAGCAAACAGUUUAAGCCUAUUGCUCCGUUGCCUCGUCUAGAUGCAAUGAUAACCUCAGGGCAGAUAUCAAACUACUGCAAACAGAUUUCUCAAUUCUGCAGCCAGUCUCUUGGCAAACUGUAUGUGGCAAAGGCUCUCCAGCAAGACAAAAAGUAGGCUUUGUUAACUGAAGACUUCAGAAAAUGCUGGGAAUAUCUAGUGUGAAGCUCAGUCCAACUUGAUUAAAGAUGUACUAUUAUUUUUCCACAACUUAAUGACUCUGUUUUCUUUGUUAUUUGGUAAAAUUUUAAUGUGGUUCAAAAUUUAAACCUUGCUUAGAUCAAUCUACUACUGUCUUUGCAUUUUUCCACUUAUUAAAAAAAUGAACUUAAA